GCGCUCCUGCCUGCCCGCUGGCGCAGCCCCGCUGGCCGCCGCCGCGCUCGCUGCGAGCGCGGUGCAGCCGUGGGGGCCCGUCGGUCGAAGGCAGCCCGCCGCCUUCGCGGCCGCCCGGGCGGAGCGCGCCGCGCUGCCCGCCCGGCACGGGAGACGCCCGACAUGGGCGCCUCGGCCGUGCCGCGGGGCGGCCGCUUCCGCUGCCACGGGCGUUGAUCUCCAGCAUCGCGUCCUCAGAAGAGCCGGAGAAGGAGGGGCGCCCUCGGCCAGCACGAGCAAGCGCUCCGCGGUGGUCCUCGAG